UUCGCCUUUCAAUCAUCAGUCUACCUCACUUGUUCUUCCUAAUAACACCUCACGCAUUAUUAUGGAAGCAGACGCAACUUUACGACGAUUUACUGCUGUGGUUGCUGAUUGAUUCUUCUCCAAAGCGCCCGAACGAUGAGCCAGUCGUACUUUCCGAGCGCAGGCUCAUCGCGCAAACCCGAAGAAAAUGGCUCAGACCACAACAACGACGACAUGGCAUCGCCUGCUCCCAACCACCCUCCUUCCUACCGACCACAAUACAUGACAGUGGGCUCUGGUGGACAGUCGAUGCAUGCCGCCGCUCUUAUGGAACAGUUAGAACAGGACUCAGGUUAUGGAAGCAUGCCGGGCGAUGUGCAACAGAAUGGUGGCGAGAUGAACGCUUGGGAAGAUGGACUCUUGAUGGAUCGGCCUACCCCUGCACAUACACCACAGGUCAACGGUCAGUCUGGGCCGAUGUCAGAUACCGAGAAGCGAGCUCUAGCCGGCCAUGUCCACCAGCUGUACUACAACCAGAAUCGAGUUGCCCUCGCCAAGGCAAUCAGCCAGACUGUGGAACUUCUCAAGCAAUUGCAGGAGAUGAACGCUCAGUGGCCGGCACAUUAUCCUUCAGUGCAGAAACCCGAAGAAGAAACACAACCUCACAGACCAGGUCUUCAUCAAGCCCAGUCUACGAUAGAUCAGACCGAUUUAUCACGAGACACGUUUCUCAAAAGAGCUGAUCACCACAGGCCGGGAGCACUCAGAAGAGCUGGUACCUCUCUUGGUGAGGAUACAACUGGGGAGUCCAGUGGUCAAGCACAAGCGAGAAAGACACCUGAACCACGGUUGAUUACGCCUCAGAUUGCGCAAGAAUUUUCCAUACUCAAACUGGAUUUGAAAGUGGGCACACUAUCACAGACUGAACUGGUCCAUUCAUUGGAGAAGAAGUCGAUCGCGUCCUUACUUGACGGCAAAAUCGGCCAGAGUGUACGGCAUCUCCUCGCUCUUCGAGACCGAAUCGAGGAUACUUCGAGCAAGGUCUUGGUGACAGGCGACCUGAACGCGGGUAAAUCGACGUUCUGCAACGCAUUAUUACGGCGCAAGAUUCUGCCGGAAGACCAGCAACCCUGCACCAGCAUAUUCUGUGAGGUCCUGGAUGCCAAGGAGAAUGGCGGGCACGAAGAAGUGCAUGCCGUGCACAAGGAUUCGGUAUAUGAUCGCAACGAUGAGAGUACCUACGAUGCCUAUUCACUAGACGAACUCGAGAAAAUUGUCGUUGACAACGACCGGUACAUGCAAUGCAAAGUUUACGUGAAAGAUGUGCGGACUAUUGACCAGUCACUCCUGAACAACGGUGUGGUGGACAUUGCAUUGAUCGACGCACCUGGUCUGAAUGCAGACUCGGUCAAGACAACUGCAGUCUUUGCUCGACAAGAAGAGAUUGACGUCGUUGUCUUUGUGGUGUCCGCCGCGAAUCACUUCACACUUUCCGCAAAAGAAUUCAUAUGGCAAGCUGCUCACGAGAAAGCUUACAUGUUCAUGGUAGUCAAUGGAUUCGACAACAUUCGAGACAAAGAGCGAUGUCAAAAGAUGAUUCUGGACCAGCUGGCCAAGCUUAGCCCUCAGACGUUUAAAGAGGCCCAAGAGCUGGUACAUUUUGUGUCCAGUAAUGCCGUACCCACGCAGCGACCACUCCCGAUAGAAGGAGGAAAUAGCGGCAGCGGCGGGUCAGGUCCGUCCAAUCCCCCAGACGAUGACGACGACGAUGAUGGUUCAGGUAAGGGUAAAGGCAAGGACAAGGAAAAACUCCGCGAUUUCGAGGUCCUUGAAGGUGCUCUUCGCAGAUUCGUCCUGGAAAAAAGAGCACGUUCGAAAUUGGCUCCCGCAAAAACGUACCUGAUGAACUGUCUGGGCGAUAUGAAUGUGCUGGCCACCGUGAACCGCGACGUUGCGCAGGCCGAGCUCGAAAGAGUAUCAAAAGAGCUUUCCGAGAUCGAGCCCGAGUAUGUCGAGAGACAGAAACAGCGAACAGUGGUAUCAGAGCAAGUCGAAAAGGACAUUGAUUCCACGGCAACGGAAGUCUACAAUCACACGAGGUCAACACUCUCUACAACCAUAGCGAACGUGGGCAAGGAAGACCAUGGUGUCGAAUAUCCGGGACUAUUCUCUGCAUUCCAAUAUGCUGACGAUCUUCGAGUCGCCAUGCUUGACCAAAUCUCUGCUGCAGUCACUAAUUGCGAGGUCUACGGUCGGAAUCGGACGGUUCACGGAGUAAGCAUGGUCAAGGCUCUUGGUCUGCUGCAUGUCGGGGAAGAGUAUGAUAAUCUCAACUUCCAGGCCGACAAGAUGUUUCAACGACGGAAAGAUGCCCUGGUGCGGUCAGUCGAUACUGAUGUUGAGCUGUGGGACUUUUUCGACGUUGCAGGUCUGUGGGAGCGUCAAGAGAAGACUGUAGGCACAGGAUUGGCCUUGACGUUGGUCGGCACAGUCGGCUCAAGAGCUGUGGGUGGUAUUGGUUGGGUUGAUGGCGCGUUUGGCGCGGCCAAGAUUGUAGGAAGUCGGAAUCUGAGGCGUAUGAUCGUGCCUGGUGUUCUCGCAGCUGCCGUCUUGACAGUGGCUUAUGUCCUGUCGACCAUCCCACAAACACUCCCACCUCGACUCGCCACCAAGCUCUCUGCUACCUUGGCGCAGAUGGAUUAUACGCACAGCAAUGCUAACCGUAUUGCUGCCGAAGUCCGACGUGUGCUACGCUACCCAGCACAACGCUUGACGACAGACCUCGCUCAGAAUGUCGAAGAGCUGAGACAGAAGAGGGAAGACGUGUCCAAGGUCAAACGGGAAAGCGAGGUGGCACGAAAGUAUUUUGGUAAUCUCAUCCGAAAUUCGUCAGAGGCUCGACGCAGGGUCUCAGGCAUUGACCUUGAAGGACCACCGGGCGCUGUGGGUGCUUAUGCAUGAAGGGAUUGAGCGACUCGAGCACCAAGCCAUUUAGUUACGUUGAGCGUGUCCUUGCGUGUUGCUUGCGGCUCUACACUUUUCUGUCCCGGCGCGGACAUCUAUGAUAUGUAAUUCUCCACUUGCUCCCGCAUAGCAAAUGACUAGGACUCCUGCAGCGAUUCUCCCGAAUGAAAAUGUCAUGAGUGUACGAGAUAUGCGUGGUUCUGGGUCGAUUGUCCAAAAAGGUGUUGGUUCGGUGAUUCCGGGAAUUAUAUUCUUCACAUUUUUAUUGCACAACGGAUCAUACAGAGGCCUCCAUGUACUAUGCAAACCACUACCGAAAG